ACAUAUUGUCAAAAAGUUGGCACAAGGCAGAUUAUGUUCCAUCUGUUUUAUUUUGCUUGAUCAGCUUGAAUCUAUUUUCAUAAUCUCGAUUUGAGUAUUUCAUGUGUAUUUUGUGUAUGAAUAAAGUCAUUGUUCAAAAUCUGUAUUACUAGAAAAGUGUUUUCGCUUCACAACAGAGAUUUCUUAUAACUAAAAUUACGUAUCUAUAACAUUUUUUUUUAAUAAACUCUAAAAGUGAUUUCGUUUUAAUAAACUUUAAACUCCCGGAAUAAAUAACAGGUUCAUUGUUAAUAUUUAAAGGUUUUUGAAGUGUACAGUGCUGGUAACAACUAAUAACAGUACAAGUAUUUUGAUGACAUAAUGGUGUAAUCGUUCGCUUGUGAAAGAAAAUUCUGAAACUUCACGAUAAUGGAACAGAAUAUGGAUUCGCCAACUGCUGCCAGCCCGCUGCCAGAACCUGAGGCGCGGGACUGUGAGACUGACUACUCCAGUAUUAGGGGGAAGAUGAUCUUGGUGAGCCCCACAGCUGAUGAGUAUGACCUACUGCGCAAGCAUUUGCUAGAGAGGCUGGACACAGGCAAUGGAGAAGUCAUCUAUGAUAUAGGACAUGGAGAAGAUGGCAGAGGGUUGACAGAGGAUGAGUACAGUGCUUCAGUGGCGACGCUGCAGUCGCUGGUGAGCGGCGAGCGCAUCUCGUGUGUGGAGCUGCGGCGCUGGGACUGCGGCAGCGGCCUCACCGGACAGUACCUGCUGCGCACCGAGCUCGACCACAAUGACUUUAUGGAGAUCAGGGUGGCAGUGGUGGGCAACGUGGACGCGGGCAAGUCCACGCUGCUGGGUGUGCUGACGCACGGCGAGCUGGACAACGGGCGUGGCUACGCGCGCCAGCGGCUGUUCCGACACAAGCACGAGGCCGAGAGUGGCAGGACCAGCUCCGUGGGCAACGACAUUCUGGGUUUCGACAGUAUAGGUAACGUGGUGAACAAGCCGGAGCACGGCGCGCUGGACUGGGUGAAGAUCUGCGAGAAGUCGUCCAAGGUGAUCACGUUCAUCGACCUGGCGGGCCACGAGCGGUACCUCAAGACCACCGUGUUCGGCAUGACGGGACACGCGCCAGACUUCGGCAUGCUCAUGAUUGGUGCAAACGCUGGCAUAGUGGGGAUGACCAAGGAGCACUUGGGGCUGGCGCUGGCGCUGGCCGUGCCCGUGUUCGUGGUCGUCACCAAGAUUGACAUGUGCCCACCCAACGUGCUACAGGAUAACCUGAAGCUGCUGAUUAGGAUCCUCAAAUCGUCCGGCUGCCGCAAGGUGCCGGUGAUGGUGAAGACCAAGGAUGACGUCAUCGUCAGCGCUACCAACUUCGUUUCUCAGAGGCUAUGCCCAAUAUUCCAAGUGUCGAACGUGACGGGCGACAACCUGGAGCUGCUGACGAUGUUCCUCAACCUGCUGAAGACGCGCAUGCCGUCGCAGGACGACAAGCCGGCCGAGUUCCAGAUCGACGACACCUACUCUGUGCCUGGCGUGGGCACGGUGGUGUCGGGCACGACACUGGCGGGCGUGAUCCGGCUGAACGACACGCUGCUGCUGGGCCCCGACCCGCUGGGCCGCUUCACGCCCAUCACGGUGAAGAGCAUCCACCGCAAGCGCAUGGCCGUGGCCGAGGUGCGCGGCGGACAGACGGCCAGCUUCGCGCUCAAGAAGAUCAAGCGGUCGCAAAUCCGCAAAGGCAUGGUGAUGGUGUCCCCGGCGCUCAACCCGCAGGCGUGCUGGCAGUUCGAGGGCGAGAUCCUGGUGCUGCACCACCCCACCACCAUCUCCUCGCGCUACCAGGCCAUGGUGCACUGCGGCAGCAUCCGACAGACGGCGUCGAUCCUGACGAUGUCGCGCGAGUGCCUGCGCACGGGCGACAAGGCGCUCGUGCGCUUCCGCUUCAUCAAGCACCCCGAGUACCUCAAGCGCGGCCAGCGGAUGGUGAGAAUGUUGCUCUCACAACAAACAGCGUCCGGCAGACGGCGUCGAUCCUGACGAUGUCGCGCGAGUGCCUGCGCACGGGCGACAAGGCGCUCGUGCGCUUCCGCUUCAUCAAGCACCCCGAGUACCUCAAGCGCGGCCAGCGGAUGGUGUUCCGCGAGGGCCGCACCAAGGCGGUCGGUAAUGUGCUGCGGCCCGAGCCCGCCGCCAGCGGAGCCCGCGCCGCGCCCGCCCGCCCCGCGCGCCACGCCGCGCGCACGCAGGGCUCCGGCGACCACCGCACCGCGCCGC